AUGGUAAAGAAGCGUGUAGCACUGAGCACUGAUGAGGAGUUUGCCGUACACGAUGACUCAAUGGUAACGAAGCCUGUAGCACUGAGCAGUGAUGAGGAGUUUGCCGUACACGAUGACUCAAUGGUAACGAAGCCUGUAGCACUGAGCAGUGAUGAGGAGUUUGCCGUACACGAUGACUCAAUGGUAACGAAGCCUGUAGCACUGAGCAGUGAUGAGGAGUUUGCCGUACACGAUGACUCAAUGGCUGACCACAAUUGGUGUGAGUACCGCAAGGGUGUUCUUCGUAAGGACUGCGCUUCGUUGAGAACGCCACUUCCUGUCGGAUAUCUGGAAAUGAUGAAGGCUUUGCAGACUUUGCUCGUGUUGACAAUUCUUGCUCCUUGGUGUGUCGUGGGUUACUCGUCCUUUCAGUCACUUAUUCCGAAUGGAAAUGCUGUCCGUGACCCUUGUGAUCAAGCGACACUGUGGGCGGGGGUUGGCCAUCAGGCUAUGGGCGGUUCCGGACUUAGAAAUCCUUUUGGCGUCGACUUUAACAACAAUGGCAAGGUGUGGAACCGGACAUUGUGUGAAAAGGACUCGGAUGGCGAUGGAGCCAGUAAUGGAGCAGAGCUUGGCGAUCCCGACUGUUCGUGGACCCCGGGAACAACCCCGUCUGGUCCGCCAACUGGACAUCCAGGUUUGUGUGAGCCUUGGAGUGAUCCAGUGUGUUUGCUGGCAAAUACGUUCCAUACUUGUCAGACACAAGACUUUCAGUGUGACCCUAUCAACAGUCCAGACGUGAUGGACUUUGCCGUUAGAUUUCCAUCAACGGCUGUUCCUGCCGACGAGACAACUUACAUGUGCAUGAAUUUUGCCUUACCGUCUGACAGGGACUAUCACGUGAUAGCUGAUAGAGGCUUAAUUGACAACGAAUACGUCAUGCAUCAUAUUCUAAUCUACGGAUGUCCGAAGGAAGUUGAACGUUCUGAUUUGGUUAAUGAUUUGAACACCCCCUACCCAUGCGGGAUGGCAGGAGAAGUACGCUGUCAGGAAAUCAUUGCUCUAUGGAGUGUCGGCAUUCCCGGUUUUUGUCAUAACGAAAAUGCCGGAUUCAGGAUAGGGCCCAAUGGCUACAGAUAUGCUUCAAUGCAGAUGCACUGGAAUAACCCAAUGAAGAAAGCUGAUUACACAGACAGUUCUGGAAUGACUUUGUUCUACACGCCAAUAUUACGGCCUCACAAUCUUGGAAAUCUGAUGACAGGAGAAAACUUCUUCCAUAUCCCACCAGGCGAAAAUCGUUAUAUCGUAGAAUCGCACUGCUCUUCCACGUGUUCAAAUCGAAUCAUGAAUGGGUCUGUUAACGUCGUGGCCGGACUUAAUCACAUGCAUUACAUGGGUAGAGAAAUGGCCACGCUGUAUACCCCUGUUGGUGGUGCUGAACAGGUCAUUAUGCAUGAUCCUCACUUCAGCUAUGACAACCCUGAAGUGCACACGUUUUCGCCUCCAAUAGUAAUCAAUCCGGGCGAUGUGAUCAGGACCACAUGUUCCUUCACCUCAUUACAUAAAGACACGACAAUUUUCAGCGGUGAAGCAACUUCACAGGAAAUGUGUUUUGGAUUUUUGUUUUACUAUCCGAAGGAAGCAAUUCGGUCCCGUCAGUGUACCACUUCCAUGGGUUUACCUCUUUGUUCUCUUCAUCAUGACACGGAUAUGAUCGAUGGAUGUCAAGUCGAAUCUUUCAUGAGAAAUCAAACUUAUUUUACAGAGCUAUUCGGAGAGCUUUCACGACGAUGUGACACUUCCUUCUGCCGUAAGGAGUGCAAAACUUACUUGAAGGAAGAGAGAAAAAAUCCUUGCUUUCAGGGGAGAGUUGGAAAGUAUGUCGAUCGUGUCCUUGGUAUUUAUGUCGGUGUUAAUGAAAUGGCCCGCUAUCAUUCGUGUAGUGUCGAACUCGCCCUGGAGGAGGUCGAACCAUGCACAUGUACAUCACCAAGACCUUGUGUGGAGUACACUGGGGCUGGGGUAUCCCUUCGGAUGUCGUUUGUGGUUCUUCUGCUAUCUAUGGCUCACACAUUCUUCAUGUGAUUUGAAACUGUUCAGUA